UAUAGUCAGUGUAACAUCACCACUAUUUCCUCUCAUUCCGGCACAGAGAGCAUAGGUUUUUCUAGAACCCCACACCAAUCAUUCCCUUACGAUAUUUAUAACUUGCUGAUAAGAAAAAAAGGUGGGGAAGGCAAAGAGUCCUCCCCAUUUUAACGAUGAUUCAUACAAAUACCAAUCUUUAAGCCCAAGGGAAAUAAAAUCUGCUCCUGAAGACAAACCAACGUGGCAGCGUUAUUCCUUUUUGCAUGAUGUUAAGGUAGAGAAGCAUUUGGGAUUGGGGGGAGGAGGGGAUUCAGCAUUUGUGUAAAAGCAGAGAAUCAUCAGUUCAGAUGCUUUGUAUCUAUUGUGUUGGCUGCUUGGAAUGAGCCUGGGUUUAACCUAACAAUGAUUCCAAGGACUGGUACUUCUGAUUUUUUACCAUCUUCAAUGGGUACAAAUGCGAGCCUUCUUUUUCUGCUUUUAAAGAAAUUUAAAUUAUUGUUGGAUUUGGGAAUUUAGACAAGACAUAGUACUUUCUCUCCCCUCCCCCUUGGUUGGCUCUGGAAUCGUUUCUGGGAUAUUUUUUCCACAUUCAACGCAGAAAACAGGAGGAAUGAACCGGCAGCUAGUGAACAUUUUGACAGCCUUGUUUGCCUUUUUCUUAGAGACACACUACUUCAGGACGUCUUUCUGUAAAGAACAUGAUUCCAGAUCUGGGAAAUCCCCUUCACAGACACUGUCUCCUUCAGAUUUUUUGGACAAAUUAAUGGGACGGACAUCAGGUUAUGAUGCACGAAUAAGGCCAAAUUUUAAAGGUCCUCCUGUAAAUGUUACCUGCAACAUAUUUAUCAACAGCUUUGGUUCAAUAGCAGAAACUACAAUGGAUUACAGAGUGAACAUUUUUUUGAGGCAGCAGUGGAACGACUCACGUCUUGCCUACAGUGAAUACCCUGAUGACUCCUUGGAUUUGGAUCCAUCCAUGUUGGACUCUAUUUGGAAACCUGAUUUAUUCUUUGCCAAUGAAAAAGGAGCCAACUUCCAUGAUGUAACCACAGAAAACAAGCUUCUGAGAAUUUCCAAGAAUGGGAAAGUGCUGUAUAGCAUCAGGCUAACGCUAACUUUAUCUUGUCCCAUGGACCUGAAGAACUUUCCCAUGGAUGUGCAAACAUGCACUAUGCAACUAGAGAGCUUUGGCUACACUAUGAAUGACUUGAUCUUUGAGUGGAUGAGUGAUGGUCCAGUGCAAGUAGCAGAAGGGUUAACUCUUCCACAGUUUAUUUUGAAAGAAGAGAAGGAACUUGGCUAUUGCACAAAGCAUUACAAUACUGGAAAAUUUACAUGCAUUGAAGUAAAGUUUCAUUUGGAGCGUCAGAUGGGAUAUUAUUUAAUCCAGAUGUACAUUCCUAGCCUGCUGAUCGUCAUUUUGUCCUGGGUUUCCUUCUGGAUCAACAUGGAUGCUGCUCCAGCCAGAGUUGCCUUGGGAAUCACCACAGUCCUGACAAUGACAACUCAGAGUUCAGGCUCCAGAGCCUCUCUUCCAAAAGUCUCCUAUGUAAAAGCGAUUGACAUUUGGAUGGCUGUAUGUCUUCUCUUUGUGUUUGCUGCACUACUUGAAUAUGCAGCAGUGAAUUUUGUAUCGAGGCAACACAAAGAAUUUCUGAGGCUACGCAGAAGGCAAAGACGACAAAAUAAGGCACAGACUGUGACUGUUGGGAAUGAGAGUGUCGAGUCGGUUCGGCGCGUGAAUGGCUUGAGGAUAAAAGAAUCAUCAACAUACGGGACAGUGAAUCAGAUCUGCAAUCCGGGUUUCAGGGAAGAAGAUGCUACUCGUGAUAGUCGGUUUAAUUUUGGCUAUGGGAUGGGUCACUGUCUACAGGUCAAAGACGGCGCUGCAGUCAAGGCGCCACCUCCAAAUCCUCCAUUGCCCCCACCACCAAAGGAUUCAGAUUCCAUCAAAAAGAAGUUUGUUGACCGUGCCAAAAGGAUUGAUACAAUAUCCCGUGCUGCAUUCCCACUUGCCUUUCUCAUCUUCAACAUAUUUUACUGGAUUACAUACAAAAUUAUUCGCCAUGAAGAUAUUCACAAAAAAUAACUUUGUAUGAGCUGGGAACUUCUAGCCAAAGUGACUCAUUUGUAAAUAGAGAGUGAAAUGUCUUUUCUGUCAUGGGGACUGAGGUUUUGUCGUCUUGUGAUAACUAAAAAGGGGGGGGGGGUAGAAAAAAAACAGAAAAGUUUCAAUAACAAUUGCACAAAACAAGGUGUUGUGGGAUCACAAACGUGAGGAUUUCCUUAUGUGCUCUCAACGUGGUUCUUCCAGACUCUUGCCAAGAUCAUAUAAAACCUAAACAGGGCCAAAUUUUUUCCAAAAUGCUGUGUCUCUAAGACAUAUUUUAAAAAUACCUAAACAGAUGUGUCAUAUGACUGACUGUAAUGGCUUAAGUGCAAUGAGUUGUAAGAGGACCAAACUUUUUUCAGGGUUAUGCUGCCUUUCUUUAUGAAACAAGUCUACUAAGCUACAUUCCAUUAAUGUCUGUAGUUAGUGGUUCACCCAGAAGUCCCUUUGUGGAUUGUAAAUUAUUUCUACUAACCAGGGGGGUGGAGAUUUAUACUUUAAUAUCCUUGUGGGUGUGCAUUUAAUAUUCUUGCUUUGUUAGAGCUGUUACUUUUGAGGUCUGACUUGUGUAGGCCGUGAUUCAUUUGAUUGCUUCCACUUGUAGAAACGACCUGUGAAAUGGCUCGUUUUAUUUUGGUUCAAAGACAGUGCACUUAUUUCAACUCAUCUUUGCCUAGGUCUUUAAAAAAAAUACUAUUAUUACAUGCAGCAUAAGGUGCCAAACUGUAAUUUACCUGUUGUAUUACCCUGUACUGCACUAUUGAUUAAGAACUCAUUUCCUGGCAUAGCUCAGUUUCGCAUUGACUUUCUAUUACUGCUCUCAUUGUAGCUGCAAGUUGAUAGCUGUGUAGGUAAACAUACCUUGUUUACAGACCUCUAAUUUCUACCUUUCCUAAAAAGUGGCUAUCAUUUUAAAUAUCAUUGACUAACUGAGGAGUUUUAAAAUUGUACUGUGAUUUUCAUAACCUGUUAACCUUGGGUGCCAGAGCUAUGUGGUCCAAAUCCUUGCUAUGUAUUUUAAAGUAGAAAUUAAAAACAAAAUAAAAAUAAAAGCCAAACAAAAACCAGAGGUAUUUUUGCUUACGCAGACAACUGGUAAGAUUGAAAACAAAAUUACCAUUACAAUUUUGCACUUGCUAUAAAAGGGUUUAUUAUAAAAAGGUAAUGACGAUUCAAUAAAGCUUAAUGUAUGAUUGA